AUGGCGGAGCUUGCUGUUGGUUUAGCCAAAUCGGUGGUCGAGGGGACACUGAGCAAGGCCCAGGCGGCGAUCGCGGAGGAGGCGAAGCUGCGUGACAGCGCGCAGCGUGACCUUGUGUUCAUCACCGGGGAGUUCCAAAUGAUGCAGUCCUUCCUGAAGGUGGCCAACACGGAGCGUGUGGAGAACCCGGUGGUGAUGACAUGGGUGAGGCAGAUCCGCGAACUGGCCUACGACGUCGAAGAUUGCAUCGAGUUCGUCGUCCACCUCGACAAGAAGAGCAGCUGUUGGUGGCGAAUGAUCCCCGGGUGCAUAUCAACGUCACUGCCGCUGGAUGAGGCGGUGGACGAGAUUGAGCAGCUCAAGGCGAGGGUGGAGGACGUGAGCACCAGGAACGCCCGCUACAGCCUCAUCAGCGACACCGGUUCUAAGCCCGUCGUCGUGCAGCAGCAGCAGCCGCCGCCCGCAACAGCAGCGGUCAGCAUGCUCAUCGGUACCGGGAAAAGGCAGCAGCAAGGAGAUCUCAGCCAGCUGCUCGCCGAUGACAAGAUCCGUGUGAUCUCUGUGUGGGGUACUGGUGGCGAUCUUGGUGUCACUUCCAUCAUCUGGAAGGCAUACAAUGAUCAAGAAAUCCGCCAGAAAUGCACCUGCCGUGCUUGGGUGAAGCUCAUGCAUCCUUUUGAUCCCGAUGUGUUCGUCCGGUGCUUGAUGGUUCAGUUCUAUGCAAACGCGGGCAAGGAACAAGAAGGAGAACUCAUAGGCGUAGAUGUCCUGAAGAGGACGUCGGAAGCCACCCAAAGCAAUUACCUCGACGAGUUUGUGCGGCGAGUCAGCAACGACAGGUGCCUCGUUGUCUUGGAAGGUCUGUCCAGCAUGGCAGACUGGGAUGCUAUCACCAAGUUUUUUCCUUCAAGGAAGAAUCGCAGUUGCAUCAUCGUCUCCACGCAGCAGCAAUCCGAAGUUGCAAGCUUGUCCGUCGGACAUCCUUACCAUGUAUUGGAACUUAACCAGUUUUCGGUCGACCACACCAUUUACGCCUUCUACAAACAGAUAUCUCAAGGAGCGAAAGGUGCGCAGACGACCACUGAUAAAAUUAAAGAAGCCCAAGAUUGGAUGACGGAGCAUCCCCUCAUUGGACGCGAUUCAGAAAUGAUUCAUCUCCGCCAAUAUACAUCGAAGGCACGUUUUGAAGGGUUCCAUGUUAUGUCCGUGUGGGGCAUAGCUGGUGUUGGGAAAUCUGCUCUCCUCAAAUUUUUGUUCUGCGACACAAUUCUUCGUGAUAGCAAACUCCAUGAGCGACUCAAGAAGACCCAAUUUGAAAAGUAUGCUUGGGUGGAUGUAUCCUAUCCGUUCAAUUUGAGGGAUUUCUCUCGGAGUUUACUUUUGAAUUUUCACUCCCAUAAGCUUCAAGCCCACAUGGACUGUGAUAUUGAUACAGUGGGAAGCAAUAACCCCAUCGCAGAGUGUCGUGGGAUUCUGGAGCGGUGCAAAUGCCUCGUCGUCAUUGAUGGUCUGCAGUCCGUGAAAGAAUGGGACAUGAUACAAGCUGAAUUGGUAUCUGGGUCUUCUCAAAACUGUAUCAUCAUCAUUACCACUGAAGCUGGUGUCGCCAGAGGUUGCCGGGGAAAUAAGGAGAGCUCGUGUUUAAUGUCAAAGUUGUCUAGAAAGUAUGAAUUACCUGCUAUAACUGGCAAUGAAGCUGCGGAGCUAGGAGAACUAAUAUCGAAGUGUGGUGGACUGCCCAAAGUAAUAGUUGAUAUAGCCAGAUCAUUGGCCACCAAGUCAGCUGGACGGAUGGAAGGUGCACGUUCUAUCAAUGAGCACGUCGUCCGUCGAAGGAGACUAGUGAGGCGGUGGAUCGCAGAGGGAUACUCAAGGGAUAACGAUGAAGAAUCUGCAGAGCACAAUGGGGAGAAGCAGUUCUCUGAACUGCUUGAUCUGAGCAUAGUCCAACAGUCACAAGAAAAUACUGCAGUAGCGGACAUGAGGAUGGUCUUGUGCCAAGUGAAUGGCUUUAUUCGUGAGUACAUUGUCGAACGGAGAAUGGAAGAGAACCUUGUCUUUGAACUCGGCUGUAAUUGCACCCUAACCACCCAACGGACCGGGCGUCAUCUUGUCAUAUUGAAAGAUUGGGACAGAGACAGUAUUGUGUUCAAGAGCAUUGACUUCUCGCGGCUACGGUCGCUUACAGUAUUUGGCAGCUGGAAAUCAUUCUUCAUUUCUGAAAGCAUGAAACUGCUGAGGGUGCUUGAUCUGGAGGAUGCAACCGGCCGUGUUGAGCACCAAGAUCUAGAGAAUAUGGUGAAAUGGCUGCGUCGCCUAAAGUUCCUCUCACUGCGAGGACGCCGUGAGAUCCACCGUCUACCAAGUUCACUGCAUCAUCUGAGACAGCUCCAGAGUUUGGAUGUCCGACACACCUCCAUAGUUACCCUGCCAGAGAAUAUCAGAAAGUUAGAGAAGCUGCAGUAUAUACGUGCCGGCACCACUGAUGUACCGGUUUCAGCACCACCACCACAUAUUUCAUCCAGCUGGUUCUGCAAACCUGGUGUCCUAGUCGGUGUUGAGGUUCCUAGAGGGAUUGGAAACCUGACGAUGUUGCACACACUUGGUGUCGUCGAUGUUGCUGCUUCAGGGUCAAAGACCUUUGUGAAAGAUCUGAAGAAGCUGACCCAACUUCGGAAGCUUGGAGUGUGUGGCAUCAACAAAAAAGAACGGUAA